UCAAACCAAACAUCGCCCCUCAUCUGUCCACUGAUAGUGGCGAUAGCUACUCCGUUCCGAUCGAGUUCUCCUCCGAUAAGAGGACGAGGUGAGCGAUCGGUGAGUAGACGGCUGUGGUAUAUAAGCCAGAACCCAACGGUUUGGGCCUCAUUAGACGCUUUGGGCCCAAACGGAACGGAGCUGAGUGUAAAAAUGCUGAAACUAUUCGCUGUGGUGCUGCUGCUCAGCGGCGUGGCCUUGGCUACCGACAACUACGACGGCUACAAGAUCUACGACGUUAAGGCGAGCAAUGCCUUCGAGAAGCAGAUCCUGCUGCGCCUGUCGGCCAACGAGGACUACGACUUCUUCGACCUGCCGCGCUCCCUGGAGGCGCCGAGUCGCGUGAUGGUGAAGCCCGCGGACCAGGAGGGAUUCGAGCACCUGCUGGAGAAGUACAGCCUGGACUUCUCGGUGGUCAGCGAGGACUUGGGAGUGUCGCUGCGUCAGGAGCGCGAGGAGAACCAGAACCAGCGGCUGAUGAACCUGCGAUCCGCCGGACGGAGCAUCAGCUUCACCGCCUUCCAUCGCCACGCGGAGAUCAAUGCCUACUUGGAUGAACUGGCUGCCGCUUAUCCCAGCCGGGUGACCGUCGAGGUGGCCGGCAAGUCGUACGAGAACCGGGACAUCAAGACCAUCACGAUCACCAAUGGCGAUGGCAAGACCGGCAAGAACGUGAUCUUCCUGGACGCCGGAAUCCACGCCCGCGAGUGGAUCGCCCACGCUGGAGCCCUGUACGUGAUCCACCAGCUGGUGGAGAACUUCGCCGCCAACUCCGAUCUGCUGAAGAACUUCGACUGGAUCAUCCUGCCGGUGGUGAAUCCCGACGGCUACGAGUACACCCACACCUCCACCCGCAUGUGGCGCAAGACGAGGAAGCCCAUCAGCAGCGCCUGCUAUGGAACCGAUGCCAACCGCAACUUCGACUUCCACUGGGGCGAGGUGGGCGCCUCCAGCUACUCCUGCUCCGACACCUUCAAGGGCGAGACCGCCUUCUCCGAGCCGGAGACCCAGAUCCUCCGCGACCUCCUGCUCGGCCUGAGCGGCCGCGGCAAGUUCUACCUGACCCUCCACUCCUACGGCAACUACCUGCUCUAUCCUUGGGGAUGGACCUCGGCUCUUCCCAGCAACUGGCGCGACAACGACGAGGUGGCCCAGGCUGGAGCGGAAGCCAUCAGGAGUGCCACUGGAACCAAGUACACCGUGGGCAGCUCCACCAACGUUCUGUACGCGGCGGCAGGUGGCAGCGAUGACUACGCCUUCGGAGUGGCCAACUUCCCGGUGUCGAUCACCAUGGAGCUGCCCGCCGGCGGCACUGGCUUCAACCCGAGCACCUCCCAGAUCCAGUCCUUCGUGGCCGAGACCUGGCUGGGCAUCCAAGCCAUGGCCAAGAAGGUGGCGGAGAAGUUCUAAAUGAGUGCGAGUGCAAUAAAAGCCAACGAUGAUAUUUACCAA